AUGAUAUCGAGGGCGCGCCUGGCUUUCCGGGCGUCACCAGCACCCGUCGCAGCGUCUCGAGCAACGCGGUCGAGGACUCUGCACACCUCGCCACAGCCAUGGAAGGACCACCAUGACCCGAGGUUCAAGGAGCUCGGAAGGGAGAUCCUGGACGAUUACGCCCAAGUCAGAGAUCACUAUGGUACCCCUCGACCCUCUCCCUUUGAAGCUGACCGCAAGGCAGAGUCGCCCAAGAACGCGCUCGUCCUGGCCCACGGGCUCCUGGGCUUCUCCGAGAUCCGCGCGCCCCUCCAGUUCCUGCCGGCGAUACACUACUGGCACGGCAUCACCGACGCCCUGCAGACGCUGGCGCCCUCGCUGCCCAUCAUCACGCCGUCCGUGCCGCCGACGGGCUCCAUCGAGCAGCGCGCCGAGGCCCUCGCCGUCGCCAUCGAGGCCGGCGCCCCCCGCGGCCGCCCCGUCAACAUCAUCGCCCACUCGAUGGGCGGCCUCGACGCGCGCUACAUGAUCGCGCGCCUGCGGCCCGCCGGCGUCCGCGUCGCGAGCCUCGUCACCAUCUCGACGCCCCACCACGGCAGCGCCUUUGCCGACUUUAUGCUGCACGCCGCCCGCCUGUCCGACUGGUACGGCGUCAUGGGCACCGUCGGCCUCGGCACCGGCGCCUUCGACCAGCUGACGACGGCCUACCUGCGCGACGACUUCAACCCGGCCACCCCCGACGACCCGGACACGCGCUACUUUAGCUUCGGCGCCGCCACCGACCUGCCCGGCCUGCUGAGCCCCUUCCGCCACAGCUGGCGGGUCGUCACGCGCGACGAGGGCCCCAACGACGGCCUCGUCAGCGUCCAGAGCAGCCGCUGGGGGGACUACCGCGGCACCCUCCGCGGCGUGAGCCAUCUCGACCUCAUCAACUGGACGAACCGCCUGCGCUGGGAGACGAGGCGCAUCUGGACCGGGCAGCGCCGGCCCUUCAACGCCGUCGCCUUGUAUCUCGACAUUGCUGACAUGCUGGCCAAGGAGGGCCUCUAA